AAAAAAAAACCAUCUCCUCAUCGCCCCCACGCACCUUCUUCCCCAAACCCGAACGCCCAAUCUUCCCCACCAUCUCCUCACCGCCAUCCACCUCCAUCCCAACCUCUCCUCACCGCCUCCCCAUACUCUCUUUCUCUCUCGCCCCCCUCUCUCUCUUUGAACGAACUUAGGCCCUGAAAGUUUUAGCUGCGAUAAGAAUUGCUAAACAAGCAAUCAGCUCCUCCUAAUUUUCGUUGAGUUUCUUCUUCUUCUCCUUCCUUCUGCUCAGACAACAAGCCAUUGUCACUGUACCACGCUCGAGUGCAACUUCAAUGUCGAGUUUCAUGGCUGCUGCAAAUGUAAAUUCAAAUUCAAAUCCAAAUCCAAACAAGUCCUUUGAGGUCGCUCAACCUCCAAACGACUCCAUAUCAAGCCUAAGUUUCAGUCCCAAAAGCAACAUUCUGGUCGCCACCUCCUGGGACAACCAGGUGCGAUGCUGGGAGAUACUCCAGAGCGGAACAAAUCUUGCCAGUCAGCCCAAGGCAGCGAUAUCCCAUGACCAUCCGGUUUUGUGCUCAACUUGGAAAGAGGAUGGAACGACUGUGUUCUCUGGAGGUUGUGACAAGCAAGUUAAGAUGUGGCCUUUGGGUGGCCAGCCAGUAACUGUUGCCAUGCAUGAUGCACCCAUUAAAGAGAUUGCUUGGAUCCCUGAGAUGAGCCUCUUAGUCACAGGAAGCUGGGACAAGACUAUGAAGUAUUGGGACGUGAGGCAGCCAAAUCCAGUGCAUACCCAACAACUACCUGAGCGCUGUUAUGCUCUAUCAGUGAGAUACCCUCUAAUGGUUGUUGGCACAGCAGACAGAAAUCUGAUUGUUUUUAACUUGCAGAACCCACAGACUGAAUUCAAGAGAAUUCUUUCGCCCCUCAAGUAUCAAACAAGGUGUGUUGCUGCGUUUCCUGAUCAGCAAGGAUUCUUGGUUGGCUCCAUUGAAGGGAGGGUUGGCGUACAUCAUCUGGAUGAACAACAACAAAAUAAAAACUUUACCUUUAAGUGCCAUAGAGAGGGCAGCGAGAUAUACUCAGUCAACUCUCUGAACUUCCAUCCAGUGCAUCACACAUUUGCUACUGCUGGUUCUGAUGGUUCUUUCAAUUUUUGGGAUAAGGAUAGCAAACAGAGACUAAAGGCAAUGUCAAGGUGCAAUCAACCCAUACCUUGCAGUACAUUCAACAAUGAUGGUUCCAUAUUUGCAUAUGCGGUUUGCUAUGAUUGGAGCAAGGGUGCUGAAAAUCAUAAUCCAGCUACCGCAAAGAACUACAUUUUCCUCCAUGUGCCACAGGAAGCUGAGGUUAAGAGCAAACCACGAGUCAACACUGGUGGAAAAAGGUGAAGCUGGUCGACCAGCCAUGUUGGUUAUGAGCUAUUUCUGUAUAUGGAAGUUUUUAGUUACCAAUGUUUGAUCAAGGCUAGCCCUUCUGACAGACGUUUAGGCAGGAAUUUUUUAUUUUUUAUUUUUGGUGAGAGACGGGAAGGUUCCUCUAGUCCUCGUUUUUUGAGUUUCCAUUCCUCUUGAAGCUGCACCCAUCGGUUUGUUCUUAGACUAGGUUGUGCUGCAAAUAUUCCUUUUCUGGAGCUAAAACGAUCUGACUGGAUCUUGUUCUUUUGUUCUGUAAAUUCAUAACCUUAAAAAGCUCACUGACCUCA